AUGCCUCCUUACGAGCUCCGAUCGGGCGGUGACGUGAAGAACAAGAAGCAGAGCGUCGCCGAUCUCAAAUUCCGUCGUCUCACAGAGCUCAAUGCCCGUCUGAAGGAGGACCUGGACCGGCCCCGAGUGAAGGUCUCCGAGGCCGCCAUGUCUCUCAUCAAUUACUGCAACAACACCCGCGACUACAUGGUACCAUCCGUAUGGGGUCAGGUCGACAAGCGGGAAGACCCCUAUGCGCCGCAGCAGCAGGGCGGCUGCUGCACGGUCAUGUAA